AUUGAAAUGGAUGCCAUCAUUACACUGAACCCCCACCUGGCACCACCGGUUUGUGAAGACAGCUCAACUGAUCCCAAAUUAUCUAAAAUCCCUUUGAAAAACAGUAGACAGGAAGAGGCCAUGGAGGAAGACGAGGAUCCUCCUAGUAGUGCCAGCUCAUGCUCUUAUGCAAAUGGCAAUGCAGAAAACAUUCCAGAGCGCAGGCAUCAGGGGAGGCGCACUGGACGGCAGAGUGCUUCCAGCAGACACAGUGAAAAGAGAAGUAUGGCAGCCCCAACAGAAGGAGCCAGAGUCGUGGCAAAAGCCCCUUCUGCUAAAUCACGACCCAGCUUUGCUGUUAACCCCAAACCUAAUCCUUCAUCCCAUCAGAAUGGCCAGCCAGAUACAGGUCCAGCAUCAUCAGAUUCUCGCAAAUCUUUGGUGCCUACCUCCAACAACGCAGUAUUUUACAAUCCAGCACGGAGGAAAUCCAACUGCGUAAAGGAGGUAGAAAAAAUUAAACAGAAGCGUGAUGACAGACGUGCUGCCCACAUGGCCAUCAAAGAACAAUAUGAGAGCCACUUCGACACUAGUGAUCCGAACUGGGAAUUUCUAGCCAUGAUCAAAGACUUCAGAAGCAAUUUGGAGUACCGUCCCAUUACAACAUCUGACUCCCCAGAAAAUCAUCAAAUUUGUGUAUGUGUGAGAAAAAGACCUCUGAGCAAAAAAGAGAUGGGCAGGAAUGAAGCUGAUGUGAUAACAGUUCCCAACAAAGAGAAUGUGAUAGUUCAUGAGCCCAAACUCAAAGUGGAUCUCACGAAGUACUUAGAAAAUCAACAGUUUCGGUUUGACUACGCUUUUGACGAACAUGCAUCUAAUGACAUUGUUUACAGGUACACAGCACAGCCCCUUGUUGAAUGUAUAUUUGAAGGUGGAAUGGCCACUUGUUUUGCCUAUGGGCAAACAGGUAGUGGUAAGACACAUACAAUGGGUGGUGAUUUUUCCAGUAAGGGACAGCAAGACUGUUCAAAAGGGAUCUACUUGUUAGCAGCGAAAGAUGUUUUCAGAUUGUUAAAUUCAAAGUACAAGAAAUUAGAUCUGGUGGUUGGGGCAAGCUUUUUUGAAAUCUACAGUGGAAAGGUAUUUGAUCUCCUGAAUGAAAAAGCAAAAUUGAGAGUUCUGGAAGACCACAAGAACCAGGUGCAAGUGGUGGGGCUGAGAGAAGAAGCUGUGACCAACACAGAGCAGGUCCUACAGCUGAUUCAGCACGGAAACAAUGUUAGGACAUCCGGACAGACGUCAGCAAACCAGCACUCAUCUCGCUCUCAUGCUGUCUUUCAAAUUAUUCUACGACAAAGAGUCCGUAAUAAAAUUCAUGGAAAAUUUUCUCUCAUUGACUUAGCAGGUAAUGAACGUGGAGCAGAUACUUCAAGUUCUGACAGAAAUACAAGGAUGGAAGGAGCAGAGAUCAACAAAAGUCUUCUUGCUCUCAAAGAGUGCAUAAGAGCAUUAGGCAGAAAGGGUGCACACUUGCCUUUUCGAGCUAGUAAACUAACACAGGUGUUGAGAGAUUCUUUCAUUGGGGAUAAAUCCAGAACCUGCAUGAUCUCUAUGAUAUCUCCAGGGAUGAGCUGCUGCGAGCAUACAUUAAAUACUCUGCGAUAUGCUGAUAGAGUGAAGGAGCUGGGGCCUGGAGGACCCGUGGAGGGGAAAACAUCGGACGUGAACCAAGAAUAUCCCAAACUUCCUGAUGGGACAUCUCCACAAAACUCUGACUUGGCUCUCCUCAAAACUUCUAAUGCAGAAGAAGUAACAGAAGAACUGUUGACAUUCCAUCAAGCAUUGAACAAGAUGCAGGAGAUGGAGGAGGUCCUUGUUGACGAGUACAAGGCUUAUCUAGAGGAAUCUCAAAAGUGGAUCCAAGAAGAUAAGCGACUGGUAAAAAUGACAGACAACGUGGAGUAUGAUGUUGAAGAGUUUGCCAAACAGUUGGAUACAUACUUAGCUAGACGGCAUCAAGCUAUAUCUUCUCUAAGAGAAAAAGUUGCGACAUUCCGUCAAGAAAUUCAAGAAGAAGAAACGCUGAGUAAGAACAUCAAGCCCACACAGUACAACCGCAAGUAG